CUCAGACAGCUUUCCCGUGUAAACCAUCCAAACAUUGUGAAGUUGUAUGGUUCGUGUAAAAGUCCGGUCUGCCUUGUGAUGGAAUAUGCAGAAGGUGGAUCACUGUACAAUGUGCUGCAUGGUGCUGAGCCCCUCCCUUAUUACACUGCUUCCCAUGCCAUGAGCUGGUGUUUACAGUGUUCCCAGGGGGUGGCCUAUCUCCACGGCAUGAAACCAAAGGCUCUCAUUCACAGGGACCUCAAGCCACCCAACCUGCUUCUGGUGGCAGGUGGCACGGUGCUGAAGAUAUGUGAUUUUGGGACAGCAUGUGACAUUCAGACCCACAUGACCAAUAACAAAGGAAGUGCAGCAUGGAUGGCCCCAGAGGUAUUUGAAGGGAGCAAUUACAGUGAGAAGUGUGACGUUUUCAGCUGGGGAAUCAUUCUCUGGGAAGUAAUUACUCGCAGGAAGCCAUUUGAUGAAAUUGGAGGCCCAGCAUUUCGCAUUAUGUGGGCUGUGCACAACGGAACAAGACCUCCAUUGAUCAAAAACUUGCCUAAACCUAUUGAGAGCCUAAUGACACGCUGCUGGUCUAAAGAUCCGUCUCAGAGGCCUUCCAUGGAGGAGAUAGUAAAGAUCAUGUCUCAUCUAAUGAAGUAUCUCCCAGGAUUUGAUGAGCCUCUGCAAUAUCCAUACCAGUAUUCAGAUGAGGGACAGAGCAACUCUGCAAACAGUACAGUUUCUUAUGUGGACUAUACUGGAACCAGUGCAAGCAACAAAAGUGAUGCAAAUUUGGAGCACAGUGAUUCUCAAGGAAGCAAUGACACUAUCAAGAUCACACCUCAGUUUGCACCUCAUUUUAAACCAAAGGGAGACCCAUUGAGAACUCUGCCUUUGUCCAGAGGGGGCAGUGUCGAAAGCCUUCCAGCACGAACUCAGUGUUUGGCAUCCUCCGACAGCAAAAGAAUGAGCACUGACCUGUCAGAAUUGGAACCCAAAUUGCCUUUUGCACCUGCAGCAUUGCAAGUGCACUGCACUGCAAUGCUACUCCACUGCUCCUGGACUGGGCAGGGUGCAUGUUUGUUUUGCACGUUACACUAUGCUCUGCAUGUAUGUGGCCCAUGUCAGCAGUCAGGCAUUGGGCCUGCAGUCUGGUUAGUCUGCAUGCUUGUUUUGUACGCAGCUGUAUGUGUGUAUGUGUGUGUUUUUGCAGCACGCCCCCCGUAUAAGCGAGGUCACCGUAAAACUGCAUCUUUUGGAACCAUUCUGGAUGUCCCCAAGAUCGUCGUCACAGCCACAUGUGAGGCUCAGAGACGUCGGUCUGUCCAGGAUCUGCCUGCCAUUGGCACAGAGUCCAACCAGGGUAGCAGGAACUCGAGCCGGUCUUCCAGUCCGAGUGUGAGGAUGAUGCCACCUGACAAAACAAGCGGCAGAGGAUUCUUCUCCCCUGAUGAUCCCACAGACACUAACAGCUCAGAUAACUCUAUUCCCAUGGCUUAUCUCACCUUGGAUCACCAACUGCAGCCUCUGGCUCCCUGUCCAAACUCCAAAGAGUCCAUGGCUGUGUUUGAGCAGCACUGCAAGAUGGCCCAAGAGUACCUGAAAGUACAAACAGAGAUCGCCCUGCUGAACCAGAGGAAGAAGGAGCUGAUUGCAGAACUGGACCAGGAUGAGAAAGACCAGCAGAACACGUCGCGUCUCGUGCAGGAGCACAAAAAACUGCUGGAGGAGAACAAAAGUCUGUCCACAUACUACCAGAAGUGCAAAAAACAGCUGGAGCUGAUCCGGGUGCAGCAACAGAAGAGACAGGGCACAUCCUGAGGAGACCUUACCCCACCCUACACUGCAACACACCUGCUUUUAAACACACACACAAACACUCAGACCUGCAUCCUACUGUGUGCCGCAUGUUGCACUGUCGUGUUUGACCUUUGUGUAUCUCCUGCAGAGCACAGCUCCAUCGUUUCCAUCCUGCUGAGCCCAAACUUAAUGCUUCACCACAGACCAGGAUGGCUACUGUCUGCUGAAAAUGGWGGCGGAUGAGCACGGUUUCUGUUUCUUUUGUGCUUGCAGGUUUCAGAGGAACACACCCAAAUGUGAAAACAAACUUAAGGUUUUUCAGCGAAACAUGCAAGCAGAUUCCACUAAAUCAACAAGAAUGUUUGAAAUGUGAUGGACUGUGUGAAUAGGAUUUCCCCUUCCUUCCUCUAAAUCAGUGAAUUUGUCUCUGACUUCCAUUUUCAAAAUCACCAUUCAUACACAAAGAGCUGUGGAUUCUCUCUUUAUUUGAAGUCAAUAUUGUUUUUGCAUGUUGAUGCUUAUGUAUUUUUUUAUCCAGUAGUUAACUUGGUAUUGUAGCUUGUGUUAUUUUAAUUUGAGUAUAUAUUUUAUCUGGUCUGAAAAUGUCUGUUUUUAAAUCACAUGAUGCCUUAGAGGUUGCCUGCAGUUAAAGUGUCGUAUGUGACAACCACUUAGGCUAAAGAAAAAAAUAUUUUAUUGCAAAGGACAUGAUGAAAUGUUUUCUGGGGAGCAGUUUGUUGGAUGUGUGGCUGAUCAUGUAAAUGUUUCUCACCAGCUUUCCAUCAAAAAUGAUGUUUUUCUUUGUUGGGGAUUGUUAUCUGUAUUUUGCACAGUCAGGUUGUGCGUUAAGCUGAAGUACAUUUUUUUAUUUUAUUUUUUUUUAAGCUAUUUUGGUUUUAAAUAUGUAAGAACACUGUUUGAAUUGGAGGUACCAAACGCCACUGAACAAGGCAGGAAAAUAAACUGAAUGGUGAAAAAUGCUGUGUCACAUGCAUGCUCAGUUCAUUUUGUCAUUUUGAGUAGGAGGAGUUCUAAUACAAGCCCAAGUUAAGUUAGGAAAUUGUGUAAAAUGUAAAUAAAAAUUAAAUCCCAUAAGCUCACAAAAAAAAAUUCACAAUAAUACAUAGUAAACAUAAGAUGUUUAAAUUAAGAUUGUGCCAUUUUGAAACCUAGAUCAUUUUAAAUUAGACAGCAGCACGUAAAAAAUGUUGGAACAGGAUUAUGUUUACUGAAGCAAGUCUUAAUUAAACAGGCUGKAAAUGGGCAACAAUCUCUUUGUGUCCUAAAAACUCUAAAUUUGCUUCAGAAAACCUCCGUCUGCUUGUUGAAGGGGAAGCAGCUUAACAUUUUUUUCCACAGCCACCUCUUCCUGCUCUUUCAGGAGGAUUCCAAGGCGAUCCCAGGCCAGUUGAGAGACCACCUCUGCAGUGUGUCCUCCCAGUCUGACCUGCCUGAAGCAUUCCCACCUGUUUAUAUAUAUUAUUGGAUUGGACAUCGUCUAUCUGCGCUCUCGUGUACUUCUGUAUAAAACGCGCUGCCAUCACUGUGUUGAAUAUGAAUGUUUUGUGUUUUAACMAAGUUUGCAGCUCUGCUCUGUCAUUUUGGGCCUUUACAACCCAAUACAGCAAGUUUUCCAAUUUCUUAUGAAUGUCCAGUAUUCAGUUACAAUGUUGAUAUUUAAUUAUGCAUGAAUGCUUUUACUGGCCGACACGAAUAAAAACACAUUUUCAAGUA